AGUCGGCGUUCUCCCGCCGUCGCCGCCACUGCCGCUCGCCGCGCGAAGCCCGCCUCCCGUCGCCCGAACCCACGUGCGUGCGACACCUGUCGCCUUCCAGCCGGCCGGCCGGCAGCUCCAGCCUUCGAAGGCAGCGCACCGCCCACCGAGCGAAGUGUAGUUCGACCCCGCGAUAGAGGCAUUUGUGGCCGGAGCUGGUUCGGAUCGUGAAGUAGGACCGUGACAGAGGAAUCUAAACAUUCCCAAACAAAAACAGUGAAAUCUGACGACCGGAGUGACGGGCCACUGCAUCUCCCGAGAGAGCGGGUCUCCGCUGGCCUUGAGAGCAAGCGGCGGAGCAGCAGUGACAGGCCGGGAGGCCCGCCCGCAUCGCCGUGGGCGUUCGUGUGCCAUGUGCGAGUGAGCGCCCCGCGGGGAUGGAGAGCGCCGCGGAGCGGAAGGCCCGCGAGGCGGGCGAGCUGCCGCCCCUGGGCGCGGUCGGGGGCGGCGCAGCCGGGCUGACGGUGGAGACGGGGCCCGCGCCGCCGCCGCCGGGCGCCGAGUCGCUGGUCGUCAAGACGCCCGCGCCGCCCGGCGAGUCGCCGCUGUCCACGCUCAAGUCGCGCGCGUCGGCGCGCCGCGCCGCCGCCCCCGCCCGCGGCUCCUCGCUGCAGGACGACGACAGCGCCGUCUUGCUGCUCGGCUGCGCGCAGGUGUGCCUGGGCGUGCUGAUGGCGGCGUGCGGCGUGCUGGCGCUGGCGCACGGGGCGGCGCUGGGCGGCGCGGGGGCGGGGCUGUGGGGCGGCGCCGGCGCGACAUGGCGGCGGGCGCGCGGCGCUGCUUGGGCCGGCUGCCGCUGCUGGACGCCGGCGCCGCUCGGCUCCGCCGCCGGGCCGCCCGCCGCCGCCGCCGCCGCGCCGCCCGCGCCCGCGUCGCCCCGCGCUCGCCGCGCGUGGCCCUGGCCGGUGGCGCUGGCGUGGCGCACCUGGCCCGCCGUGGCUGGCCGUGGCCGGGCCUGGUUGCGCGACGCCCGCAACCCGCCCCCGCCGCCCGCGCCGCCGCGCGUCGUCUUCUUCGGCGAACAGAAUGAACAUCUCCACUGCUUGGAUGAAAUAUUCGAAGAAACGGUUUCUCUGCAAUUUCUCUCAAAUCCA